GAAAUCAUGAUGCGGGGUUUACACCCUUCUAAUGCAGGGGAACUCCCUAUGACCCGGAAUAUGCCAUUUUCUACAAAAACCAUGCCUAGCAAGACACACAACCGCAAUAUGACUGGAAUCUAUUUGGGUCUUGAAGGCAACAUUAAACCUCCAGCUUCAAGAUCACCAAAUGUCCCAGUUAUAGCCCGGGGGAGAGGGAUGUCCCAGAGGAUCAGAACCCCAACAGAGCAGAGACGAUAUAAAAUGGUGGAACAGUUACGCAUUAAAGAAGAGAAGAGGGGCUUUGUAGGACAACCACUCAAGAGUGCUAGGAGGUCACAUUCAGCCUUUGACCCAGAGGAGAGGAGGAAAGCCGUGGGGGCUCCCGAGAUUCUCCCCCCAGCGGAUAUGAGCCCGAGGACUGCCGCAGCCAGAAAAUGGGGCCCAGGAAAGGCAGUGGACAGGAACCAUUUUUAUGACCUCAUCAAAACGAAUCCCCGCAACUAUACAGUGGUGGUAAAUAACGGAGUGACACGAUCAGAAAACCUGUCUGGACUGAUGAGUUUUUCCAUGGAUCAUCCGGACGGUAUCCCGCAAAUGGUGGACACUCUCGCUGAAGAGGUCAACAGAAUCUCAGCAAAAGAAGAGGAGGCAGUAGGCCUGGAGGAAUGUUUCAAGAAAGUCUGCAAGGGUAAUGUGGAAUCCCUCCAGUCUUUAUUUCCGUACAGGAAACAACAUUCUAGUCUCCAAAGGGAACCAUCCCAAUUCAGCACAGGAUUUACCGUCAGGAGUUAUAGAAAUCCAAACCAAGCAGAAAUCAUGGCCAACUUUUCUGAGGGUAAUUCACAGCGUCCCCGCACAGUGCCUGUCGACUCUACACAUAAUCGCCCGAUUGUUCCUAGUCCAUAUUUCUUCCGUCACUAUAACAACCCUUACAAUAAGCUUAAUACUAGUGCCUCUAGUGCCAAGUCUCGCAAGUCUGCUCCCUCUCACAUCAAUUUUGAUGGUCAGUUAUCUUCAGUUCCUGGAACAUCACGCAUGGCUGCACUUCCUGGCGCAGGUGCCCUGUCACGGUCCCUGAAAUCUCGAUCUGCGGCCUGGAGUGAAAGUGACUUCAAGCUUCACGGAAAGCUACACGGUACUCCGAGAGAAAUUCUGCCAAGACCAGAAGAGAAUAGUGUUAUGGAGUCUGUGGUUAGAGAAGGAGGAAAACAAGUACAGAUCUCAAUGAAACUAAGCACAGGUCAGGAAUCUGGAAACCCCCCAGACCAAACGAACCCACCCAGCAAAAUGAUGGACACCAUGGAUAAGACGUCAGCCAAAGAGAAGAAGGACAACUUUGAGAUCGAGGUUGCUGACGAGCACGGCAAAGCAGGGCAGGUGGAGAUUGAUUCUCCCGAGGAGGAACUUCAAGAACCCACGCCCAUUAAAGGCAAUGUCCGUAAGACUUCAAUAAGUGAGAAAGUGGAAAGGACGAGAAUGUCUCAAGCCUACAUAGAAACCAUCAAGGAAAAUGCUGAAAAGAGGAAAAAGCAAUUUGAACAGAUGCUGGACGAGCAUGCAGAAAUAGUUCAGGAAAUUGGAAAAGCGGGGAGCAGGGAGGAUUUAGAGGACCAGAGAGACCAUUGAACCCUCCCAGCAUCUAUCCCCACCCCUCAAUCAAACCACUGUGGCAAUGAACAACUUGGAAGACAGCAUGCUAUAUUAAACACAUGUUAUUUUUUAAGGGAUCACAUUUAGUGGUUUUUUGUGAUAGAAAUGGCCAUCUGAUAUAGAGGCUUCGUCAUAGAGGUGAUUGUCAAACAAGAAAAAGACCAUCAUUUGCAGUUAUUUGUAAACUUUAUUUAGACUCUGUCAUUAACUGAGCGGAAAGGAAACUGCCAUUAGAUAUCAUCUACUCCAUUUUGUCUUCCAGACAACAGUUGCUAGGAGACAGAACACUGUGAUAAUUUUAUCGCCAUGAUGACAGAUUAUGUCACCAUGGUGACAAGUUGUAAUUAUUGAUAUAAACGUCUUUAGUUUUCAACAUUCAGAGAUGGCCAAGAAUCUCAUCGGAUAUUCAUUAUUAACUUAAGAAAAGUAUUUUUGGCCAUUGCUUCAUUUAUGUUGCAGGAUGUCUGCAGCGAUUCUUAGAAGUCUGUCUUGGGUCUGAAUUCAUAGAAGUGCAAUUUCAUCUUUUUGUAAGGAGUUUUUCUGAAAUGUUAACAGCUAUUAUAUUCUGUUUGCAUUCAAUCUGUCGAAACAAAACCAUUAAGAAAUUCACCAAAAGACAAAAACUAUUUUUAGAGUUGAUUCUAGCAACCUCAAUGGUUUUGUUGUAUUAGAAUACAUUGUGUGCUUAUAUAAUUAUGACUGGUAUGUUUGUGUCUUAUUUACUAGCAUGUUUUAAGCUUAAAUCAUGUUUUUAACAUUAAAAAGGAAACAUUUUUCAUCCUGUUACACAGAGUGAAUGUCUUGUUGAUAAGGUGUGAGAGUGUCAUUAGUUUUAAUAGAUGCUCACAUUUGUAAUUCACAAGAUAAUUGUGAGCUAUUGUUUGCAUAUGUAUAGGGUCCAUAUAUAUACUUGAAGAAAUUAGAGAAGAUAGUUUUUAAUCAACAAGGGUAUGACUUUUUUUGAAAUACAUAAAAUGUAGAUAAUUUUGUAAUAAUACUGAAAAUGACUUCAGCUUGACUGUAGAUCUUAAGGAUAUAACACAAACAAUUUUUUUUUCUUCCAAAAUUCAAAUAUCUUUGCCUAAAUAUGUGUCUUUCUAACUAAAGAAGUGAUCUCUGUUUACUUAAGCAACUUUAUGUUAGGCCAAGCCACAUAAUUUGGUGAAAAGUGGGAAAAUGUAACUUUACAGUUCAAUAUAAUUUUUGGAAAGAUUUAGAAAUAUAUAAGUUUUGUUACUAUGAAGUUGUUGGGAACAUCUUCAAGUCUAUUUUUACAUUUUACACAAUUCAAAUGUCCUGAUUAGAUUUCCAUUGAAAGAAAUAUUGAAAAAAUAACAAUUUAACUCUUUUGUGUGGGAGAUGAGAAAAUUUGUUUGUGGUAUGUAUCUUAUUGGAAUCACAUGCAUGCAAAAAUACAUGUAUGUACUUCUUUUGUGUUUAUAGAAAUGUUCCGUCUAUACAGGUAUAUUGUAUUGAGCAAAUUUUAGGCAGAAUAAAGAUGACUUAUUUCACUGUAAAAUUUAAGGCUAUAGUUGUAUUGAACAAUGUUGCAGCUACAUAUGUAUAAAAAUAAUCAUGUUAUACUCAAACAGCUAUGCAGAGGAAAAUUCAACAGACAGCUUUUCCAUUUCAAAUCUACCCCACAAAUUUUUUUCUUACACAUAAUCUAUUGCAAUAUUAACUUUUGAUGACUCGAUCUGUUAUGAAUUUUGCUUGAUUCAAAUGUAGUUUGCAGAAUUUUAAUGAAAUGAAAGUGCACCAUAAAUUCAAAUAUAGAUUCAAAUAUUGAAGGCAAGCUGUAGGAUUAAUGACUUUGGCCUUGAGAUCGUAAUACGAAAGAAUUGCAAUCUUGAUGGCGCGACACCUGUUUGUAAAAUGUAUUGAUUUUUAGCUCACCUGAGCCGAAGGCUCAAGUGAGCUUUUCUGAUCAAAAUUUGUCCGUUGUCUGUCGUCGUCGUCGGCGUCGUUGUUGUCGUAAACUUUUCACAUUUUCAUCUUCUUCUCCAGAACUACUGGGCCAAUUUCAAUCAAACUUGGCACAAAGUAUCCUUAGGUGAAGGGGUUUCAAGUUUGUUCAAAUGAAGGGCCACGCCCUCCUCCAAGGGGAGAUAAUUACGAAAUAGCAUAAAAUUAAUGGCAUUAUUGAAAAAUCUUCUUCUCAAGAACCAGUGGGCCAGGAAAGAUGAAACUCAUGUGGAAUUAUUGUCAGGUAGUGUAGAUUCAAGUUUGUUCAAAUCAUGACCCCCGGGGAUAGGGUGGGGCCACAAUGGAUGAUCAAAGUUUUACAUAGGAAUAUAUAGGAAAAAUCUUCAAAAAUCUUCUUCUCAAGAACAGCAAAGCUAUGAUUGGUCAUAUUUAUUUGGAAGCAUCCACAGGUGGUGUAGAUUCAAGUUUGUACAAAUCAUGACCCCCGGGGGUAGGGUGGGGCCACAUUGGACGAUCAAAGUUUUACAUAGGUCUGGAAUAUGUAGGAAAAAUCUUCAAAAAUCUUCUUCUCAAGAACAGCAAAGCUAUGAUUGGUCAUAUUUAUAUGGAAGCAUCCUCAGGUGGUGUAGAUUCAAGUUUGUUCAAAUCAUGACCCCCGGGGGUAGGGUGGGGCCACAAUGGACGAUCAAUGUUUAACACAGGUGUACAUAGGAAAAAUCUUCAAAAAUCUUCUUCUCAAGAACAGCAAAGCUAUGAUUGGUCAUAUUUAUUUGGAAGCAUCCUCAUAUAGUGUAGAUUCAACUUUGUACAAAUUUUGACCCCUGGGGAUAGGGUGGGUCCACAAUGAACGAUCAAAGUUUUACAUAGGAAUAUAUAGGAAAAAUCUUCAAAAAUCUUCUUCUCAAGAACAGCAAAGCUAUGAUUGGUCAUAUUUAUAUGGAAGCUUCAUCAGGUGGUGUAUAUUCAAGUUUGUUAAAAUCAUGACCCCCGGGGGUAGGGUGGGGCCAAAAUGGACGAUCAGUUUAACAUACAUGUAGGUGUACAUAGGAAAAAUCUUCUUCUCAAGAACAGCAAAGCUAUGAUUGGUCAUAUUUAUUUGGAAGCAUCCUCAGGUGGUGUAGAUUCAAGUUUGUUCAAAUCAUGACCCCCGGGGGUAGGGUGGGGCCACAUUGGACGAUCAAAGUUUUACAUAGGAAUAUACAGGAAAAAUCUUCAAAAAUCUUCUUCUCAAGAACAGCAAAGCUAUGAUUGGUCAUAUUUAUAUGGAAGCAUCCUCAGGUGGUGUAGAUUCAAGUUUGUUCAAAUCAUGACCCCCGGGGGUAGGGCGGGGCCACAAUGAACGAUCAAAGUUUUACAUAGGAAUAUAUAGGAAAAAUCUUUAAAAAUCUCAAGAACAGCAGAGCCACGGUUUGUCAUAUUUAUACGGAAGCAUCCUCAUAUAGUGUAGAUUCAAGUUUGUUCAAAUCAUGACCCCCCCCCCCCACUCCCUUUUUAGGGGUAGGUUGGGACCACUUAUGCAUUUAAGCUUUUCAAUACUAAACUGAUUUUUCCUUUUUUCCUAGCCACAGUGCUCAGGUGAGCGAUGUGGCCCUUGGGCCUCUUGUUUUAGCCUGUGACCAUUAAUCAUUACAGAUUAAAUAAAGUUACUUAUUAUAGAUAUAA